UCAUCCCGCAGCUUCCGCCGCUGCUGUUGAGGCGAAGAUGGCGGCGCAGUUGCCGCUCGGGGCCCUGAGGGAUGAGAAGCCGCGGCUGCUGCCGCUGCCGUCGCUGUGGUCGCUGUGACUGCCGCCCGUGACUGCCGCUGUGAUCGCCGUGACUGCUGCCCGUGACUGCUGCCCUGGUGGCCGUGACUGCCGCCCGUGACUGCCGCCGUGACAGCGGCAGCAGCGACCACGACGACUCCUAUCGCCGUGUCGCCCUCUCCGUCAGUUCAGGAGCCGCUUACCCGUGGAGUUGUUCAACCAUCAACAACAACAACAACCAACAACAACCACCACCAUAGCCGUUAGCGAGCGGCUGAGCGCGCCCGCUCGGGGGCCUAAGCCCGAGCGGGGGUGGGGGGUGACCCGGCCGGACCCGGUUAGGGCCGGGUAGCGAAACUAGGCAAGGCCGUAGGCUUCGCGCUAGGCCGCGGCAGUUAUAAUUGUUUUUGAUCGCCCGGCGGAUUGGGUGUCGUUGUGUAGGCGGGGUGCGCUGUGUGCUAGUUAGGUGGUUGGUUGUUUGUGUUACUCAACUAUCCGUGGGAGCGGUGGACUCGACGGUGCGACUGGAUACGAGUGAGAGGGGAGAAGCCUGCGGCUCGAGGCGGCUUAAGAUGUCUUCGUCAGCUGUCCCUGCCGAUAAGAUCAAUCUCCGCCUCAUCCUCGUGAGUGGCAAGACGAAGGAGUUCCACUGCAGCCCCACGGACUCCGCCUCCGACAUCGCUUCCCAUGUCUACCAGCACUGGCCCAUGGACUGGGAGGAGGAGCACGUCAGCAGCCCGGGGAUCUUGCGCCUCAUCUACCAGGGACGCUUCCUGCACGGCAACGUGACGCUGGGAGCUCUGAAGCUGCCGCUGGGCAAGACGACCGUCAUGCACCUGGUGGCGCGCGAGAACCUUCCAGAGCCAAACUCACAGGGUCAGAGGAACCGCGGGAAGACCGAGGAGAGCAACUGCUGCGUGAUCCUGUGAGCCAGCCGGGCCCCGCAGCAGCCUGGCUCACUCCAUCGCCUGGCUCACUCCGUUUGUGAUGCCUCCAUCUUGAUCCCCCAGUUUAGAUGCCUCUGUCUGUCUCUCCGUCUGUCUCCCUCACACGCCCCCGAUCCGUCUAGCAGAGACCAUAGACUUACACGGAGACCCGUAGACUCACACAGAGACCCGUAGACUCACACAGAGACCCGUAGACUCACACAGAGACCCGUUAACUCACCACACAGAGACCCAUAGAAUCACACAGAGACCCAUUAACUCACCACACAGUGAUCCGUAGACUCACACAGAGACCCAAUAGACUCACACAGAGACCCAUAGACUCACACCGAGUCCCAUAGUCUCACACGGAGACCCAUAGAUUCACCAGACAGAGACCCAUAGACUCGCACAGAGACCCAUCGACUCACACAGAGACCCAUCAACUCACCAGAGACCCAUAGACCCACACAGAGACCCAUAGACUCACACAGAGACCCAUAGACCCACACAGAGACCCAUAGACUCACACCGAGUCCCAUAGUCUCACACGGAGACCCAUAGAUUCACCAGACAGAGACCCAUAGACUCGCACAGAGACCCAUAGACUCACACAGAGACCCAUCAACUCACCAGAGACCCAUAGACCCACACAGAGACCCAUAGACUCACACAGAGACCCAUAGACCCACACAGAGACCCAUAGACUCACACAGAGACCCGUAGAAUCACCAGAUAGAGACCCAUCAACUUUAGGUCUAGUUGGCUUGGCGAUGUGGAAAAUUAUUUGUCCAGCCGCUGCACACCACUACCUGUGUGUCACCCUGUGUGUCACUCCGUGUGUCACUCUGUGUGUGUCACUCUGUGUGUCACCCUGUGUGUCACCCUGUGUGUCACUCUGUGUGUCACCCUGUGUGUCACUGUGUGUGUCACUGUGUGUCAUUCUGUGUGUGUCACUCUGUGUGUGUCACCCUGUGUGUCACUCCGUGUGUGUCACUCCGUGUGUGUCACUCUGUGUGUGUCACUCUGUGUGUCACCCUGUGUGUCACUCCGUGUGUCACUCUGUGUGUCACCCUGUGUGUCACCCUGUGUGUCACGCUGUGUGUCACGCUGUGUGUCACUCUGUGUGUCACCACGUUCCCUGUGUGUCACGCUGUGUGUCACGCUGUGUGUCACGUUGUAUGUCACGCUGUGUGUCACCCUGUGUGUCACCCUGUGUGUCACCACUACCCCUGUGUGUCACCCUGUGUGUCACCCUCACCACAUACUGGAAGCGUCGCUCGAGUGGGCGUGAUCAGAAGCGAGAAUUUGGAGAGACAGAGGAGAGAGAGGAGAGGGGAGGGAGAGGGGAGGGAGGAGAGACACAGAGAGGAGAGAUAGGGAAGGGAGGAGAGAGACAGAGGAGAGAGACAGAGAGACAGAGAGGGGGAGGAAAGAGAGGCAGAGAGAGAGACAGAGAGAGACAGAGAGAGAGAGACAGAGAGAGGGAGAGGAAAGAGAGACAGAGAGAGGGGAGGAGAGACGGAGAGAGACACAGUGAGUAAGCGAUGUACGGUGAACGCACACCGGAUCACGACGCGUCUCCGCCGGAGAUCAUUUGAUCACUCGAGUACUCGAUUACUCCAUCAUUUGAUCACUUCAUCACUCGGUCACUUUUUAAUUUGAUCACAUGGUCACAUGGUCACAUGGUCACUUAAUCACUUGAUAAUUUGACCAUUUGAUCCGCACCGCCAGCGGUCUCCGUAGCGCAGUUACCCCCAGCCAGCAACGUGUAGCAGGUUACCCCAGCCACUGUACCAGGUUACCCCAGGCGCAGUACCAGGUUACCCCAGCCACUGUACCAGGUUACCCCAGGCACUGUACCAGGUUACCCCACCCACGUGUACCAGGUUACCCCAGCCACGUGUAUCAGGUUAUCCCAGCCACACGUACCAGGUUACCCCAGCCACUGUACCAGGUUACCCCAGCCACACAUACCAGGUUACCCCAGCCACACGUACCAGGUUACCCCAGCCACAUGUACCAGGUUACUUCAGGCAUUGUACCAGGUUACCCCAGCCACGUGUACCAGGUUACCCCAGCCACUGUACCAGGUUACCCCAGGCACUGUACCAGGUUACCCCAGCCACACGUACCAGGUUACCCCAGGCACCGUACCAGGUUACCCCAGCCACACGUACCGGGUUACCCCAGCCAUGCCUCUGUUGCUGCGUGUGCCCAGGGUGAGUCUUGGCACUCACGGAGAGGCUGAAGGGAGAUCGCCGCUUCACCACCGCCGCUGCCCUGGGCCGUUGCCGCGACGGCUGCAGCGGUGGUUGGUGGAGGGAGGGGGGGAGGGGAGAGGGGAGGGGAGGGAGGGGAGGGAGGAUUUAAGAAACUCGGCGUCCCUGCGGUUGAGGGAAGGGGACGUGGAAUCGCAGCCGGCGGUGGCGGUGGUGGCGUGGGUAGUGGCGGCGUGGGUAGUGGCGGUGGUGGCGUGGGUAGUGGCGGCGUGGGUAGUGGCGGCGGUGGCGGUAGCGGCGUGGGUAGCGGUAGCGGCGUGGGUGGUGGCGGUGGUGGCGUGGGUAGUGGCGGCGGUGGUAGCGGUGGUGGCGUGGGUAGUGGCGGCGGUGGUAGCGGUGGUGGCGUGGGUGGUGGCGGUGGUGGCGUGGGUAGUGGCGGCGGUGGCGGUAGCGGCGUGGGUAGCGGUAGCGGCGUGGGUAGUGGCGGUGGCGGCGGUGGUAGCGGUGGUGGCGUGGGUAGCGGCGUGGCUAGGCGAGCAGCGGCACGGUGACACAUCCACCGUGGGGGGAGUCGUCGUGGUAGGAAUCUACUGGUGGGUGACUGUAGUCUGUGUGUGUCGCGUUGAUCUCCGCACGAAUCUCGAUUGUUGGAAUGUCACGGCGGGCUGAGGUGCCAGUCGCAGUGCCUCGGUCAUCGGCGUCGCGCGCCCACCGACUCUCACCGGCGAUUUGUGUUUCUCUCCUUCCCUCUCGCUCGCUCUCUCUCCUUCUCUCUCUCUCUCUCUCGGUCGUUGUAAAGUACAGUAUAUACCGUAUACAUAAAUAUAUAUACACACGAUACACACCACACACAGAGACACGCACACACACCACACACACACACACGAGCACACUGCACGCACACACCACCCACACGACACGCACACACACCACACGCACGCACACACCGCACACGACACGCACACACACCACACACGAGCACACUGCACACACACACACCACACACACCAUACACCAGACACGCACACACCACACACGACACGCACACACCACACACACACCACACACUCACGACACGCACACACACCACACACACGACAUGCACACACGGCACAUGAGACGCACACACUAUACACAUGACACACGCAUGCUACGACACACACACACGACACCACACGUGUAAACCCUGAUAUUUAGAAUUUUGGGGAGUGGGGUUGGGGUGGGGGGGGGGUGAUGUGGAAGCAUUGUAGAAUAUUGUACCUAAUAUUAACAAACAAAAACGUGAACCCGUUUCAACGCGAAAAAAGGCAAGAGAGCGGAAAGACUUUGACGACGACGACGACGUUUGCCCGGCCGGUGGAGCGACGCUUCCUUGACGCUUCCUUGACGCUUCCUUGACGCUUCCUGUCUCUGUUCCGUGCCGGAGCUGUGGUUUGGUUUGGCCGGUUUUGGUUUAACCGAUCUGAUUUGAGCGCUUUGAUUUGACUGGUUCGGUUUAAACGGUUUGGUUUAAAUUAUUUGGUUUGACCGAUUUGAUUUUACCGGUUUGGUUUAACCGAUUUGAUUUGACCGGUUUGAUUUAACCGAUUUGAUUUGACCGGUUUAAUUUCACCGAUUUGGCUUAACCGGUUUGUCCUCACCGCUUUAGGUUUAAACGAUUUGGCUUCACCGCUUUGGCCAAGCUGCUCUGGUCUAACCGCUGCGGUAUGAAACUGGAGGCGCAUGACGGAAUGUUGUUUUUGAGGUCGCCGCGAAAAGGAAAAAAAACUCGGCGCCAAAUCUUGCCGUGCCUUUUCGGCGUCUCUCUUCCUCCACUGGUUCUUUUUUUUUGUCGGUAAAAACCGAAACGGGCUCGUGGUGCCAUGUCCCCUCGCCGACAUUGGCCGAGUGGCGGCGAGCGGUGCGGUGAAACACCGCGAACGGCCCGCGUCUUGCUCCGUGGGGGGGGGGGGGGGGGGGGGGGGGGGGGGGGGGGGGGACGUCUUUGGUGCCGGGGGCUCGCUGGCAAAGUCGGUUGUGGUGUCGGCUUCACAUAGAGACCCUUUAACUCACCACACACAGACCCAUAGACUCACACAGAGACCCAUAGACUCACACAGAGACCCACAGACUCACCACACAGAGACCCAUAUACUCACAACACACAGACCCAUAGACUCACACAGAGACCCAUAGACUCACCACACAGAGACCCACAGACUCACACAGAGACCCAUAGACUCACAAUACACAGACCCAUAGACUCACAGAGACCCAUCGACUCACAACACACAGACCCAUAGACUCACCACACAGAGACCCAUAGACUCACCACACACAGACCCAUAGACUCACACAGAGACCCAUAGACUCAUAACACACAGACCCAUAGACUUACACAGAGACCCAUAGACUCACCACACACAGACCCAUAGACUCACCACACAGAGACCCAUCGACUCACAACACACAGACCCAUAGACUCACCACACACAGACCCAGAGACUCACAACACAGACCCAUAGACUCACAACACACAGACCCGUAGACUCACCACACACAGACCCAGAGACUCACAACACAGACCCAUAGACUCACACAGAGACCCAUCGACUCACAACACACAGACCCAUAGACUCUCACAGAGACCCGUAGACUCUCACAGAGACCCAUAGACUCACAACACACAGACCCAUAGACUCACACAGAGACCCAUAGACUCAUAACACACAGACCCAUAGACUCACACAGAGACCCAUAGACUCACCACACACAGACCCAUAGACUCACCACACACAGACCCAGAGACUCACAACACAGACCCAUAGACUCACAACACACAGACCCAUAGACUCACCACACACAGACCCGUAGACUCUCACAGAGACCCGUAGACCCUCACAGAGACCCACAGACUCACCACACAGACACCCACAGACUCACUCGUAGACUCUCACAGAGACCCACCACAGACUCACCACACACAGGUCAGCCAGCCAGCCGGUCAAACUUUUCCAGCAACGCUCCCCUCCGGCAAACGACGACGACGAGGGUGGACGUGACGAGGGUGGACGUGACUGACGAGGGUGGACGUGACGAGGUGCACGUGACGAGGUGGACGUGACGAGGGUGGACGUGACGAGGGUGGACGUGACGAGGGUGGACGUGACGAGGGUGGACGUGACGAGGGUGGACGUGGCGAGGUGGACGUGGCGAGGUGGACGUGACGAGGUGGACGUUCGCGGCGUUGAUUUGACGAGGCCCUUGACAGUGACGCGGAUCGCCCCCCCCCCCCCUUUGAAAUAUAUAAUUAAUUAAUUGAUGAUAAUCAACAGCGACGGGGACGCCGCUGCGACCUGUGCGGCUUGCUAAGUCGACCUUUCGUUGUUGUUGAUGUUGUUGAUGGUCUUGUUGUUGUUGUUGUUCCUUUGGCGGGUGACGGAAAUUUCAUUUUUUUGGAUUAAACCAAUUUUCGUCGA